GGGCGCUGCGCGCUGCUUUUCAAGGGAGGAAUCUACCUUUAUCUGUGACGGUAUUCAACUGUUUCUUUUCAAGCAAAGUUGCGAUCUCGCGCUGUCUAAAUUACACACGGGACACGGCCACGCCGGUUGCCCGGUUCUCGUGAUAUUUUUUUAGUCGUGUACUCGUGUCCAGGAAGACUGUAGACAAAGAGUUAAGAAAAAUGCCGACCUACAAGCUGACAUACUUCCCUGUCAAGGCUCUUGCUGAACCCAUUAGGUUCCUCUUCAGCUAUGCUGGAAUCGAAUUUAUUGAUGACAGAUUUGAAAGGGAGAAUUGGCCAAACAUCAAGCCGACCAUGCCGUUUGGUCAAGUUCCAGUACUGGAAGUUGAUGGAAAGAAGAUCCAUCAAUCUACAGCAAUCUGUCGCUGGCUAGCUAAGCAGCAUGGUCUUGCUGGAAAAAAUGACUGGGAAGCUCUCGAGAUCGACGCUGCUGUUGACACUAUACAUGAUGUACGAGCAAAACUUGGUGCGUAUCAUUACGAAAAUCAAUCCGAUGCUAAAGCUCAAAAGCUCGAGGUUGUUAAGGAAGUCGUGCCGUUUUAUAUUCAGCGCCUGGACGAACAGGUGAAGAAGAACGGCGGUUACCUUGUCGGUGGCGCUCUUUCCUGGGCCGACAUUGUUUUCGUCGCCUUGCUCGACUACCUGAACUUCAUGGCCAAGUACGAUAUAAUUGAGAAGGCAGAAAAUCUGAAAGCACUGAAGGAGAAGGUUCUGGCUGAGCCUGGAAUCAAGGCCUGGGUUGCCAAGCGUCCCCAGUCAGAUUGUUGAGGCUUGCGAACGUCUCGUUCAUUAUUUUCAUGUAAAAGUAUUUUCUACGUUUGUAUUGCCUAUUCUUAUCCUUUUCCGAGGCUUACCCACAGAGUUUUAUACUAUAUAUAGGUACAGUCAGCAGUAGUGUAGAACCAAGUUCUUCAUGUAUGACUGACCUGCUACUGUAUUUUAUAUUUACUAAGAAAGAUUAAAAAAAAAGAGUGAGCAAAUAAACGCAUUGAGUUAUUGAGUA